UCUGGGAGCCGUAGGCAAGACAGCUCCCAAAGCCUUGUGGGAGUCGUAGUCUCGGAGCCACUUCCGUACAGGAGUUCCGCGUGUUAGGCAGUUUGGGCGAUCCAGCACCGCGUUCUACUCAGGAGAACCGACCCCUCCCGCCUCUCCAGGACCCCACGAUGCCCGCCCCGCAGUGCGCCUCUUGCAACAAGGCGCGCGCCGCCCUCCGUCGUCCGCGCUCGGGCCAGGCUCUGUGCGGCGCCUGCUUCUGCGCCGCCUUCGAGGCCGAGGUGCUGCACACGGUGGUCGCGGGCCGCCUGCUGCCGCCCGGCGCCGUGGUGGCCGUGGGCGCCUCGGGCGGCAAGGACUCCACGGUGCUGGCGCACGUGCUGCGCGAGCUGGCCCCGCGCCUGGACAUCUCGCUGCACCUCGUGGCGGUGGACGAGGGCAUCGGCGGCUACCGGGACGCGGCGCUGGCGGCCGUGCGGCGGCAGGCGGCGCGCUGGGAGCUCCCGCUCACCGUCGUGGCCUACGCGGACCUCUUCGGGGGCUGGACGAUGGACGCCGUGGCCCGCAGCACGGCCGGCUCCGGCCGCAGCCGCUCCUGUUGCACCUUUUGCGGGGUGCUGCGGCGCCGCGCGCUGGAGGAAGGGGCGCGCCUCGUGGGAGCCACGCACGUCGUGACCGGACACAACGCGGACGACAUGGCGGAGACGGUGCUCAUGAACUUCCUGCGGGGCGACGCGGGCCGGCUGGCGCGGGGCGGGGGCCUGGGCUCCCCGGGCGAGGGGGGCGCCCUGCCGCGCUGCCGCCCGCUGCAGCUGGCGUCGCAGAAGGAGGUUCCCGACCGCCGACUUCCCAGUCGGUCCCCGACUUCUAGAGACUCCAGUUCCCUGCCAGGAUCCGGCGCCAUGGGGGCGCGGGGCCGCCUGUAA